GGUGGCUAUAGAUGCCCGGAAUCCCUCCUACCCAUUUCGGGCAAAUGUGUUCCACCCAAAGCACCUAGGACGGUCCCCCUGGAGGAGGCGGGAGGAAGUAGCUGCUAGGAAAAGCGACCGACUGAGCAAGAGCUCCGUAGAUUUGAAUGAAAUCACAAAUUCGGAACAUCAUGGCCACGCGCGGCUGGCAACGGGGCUCGCCAAGUGCAGUUGUUAGUGAAUCGCUUUUCUGGUUCUGCUGAGCCACUACGUAGGUUGAUGUCGAGAAGGGGGAGGAGGGAUGCUGAUCGCUGUGCCGCCGCAAGAAAUUGCAGCCGACCAUUCAUUCAUUCACUCAUUGCGCGCUCUGCCACACUUUUCCUGGAAGGAUUUUAAUGUAGCCGUGUGGUGACGACUGAGAAAAUAUUUACACCCGUUCCGAUUCAGCACGUCCGGUAAAACCCAGCCUAAUAGGAGCUCCCGGCGCCCGAGCGAAGUAUCUUACAGGAGCCGCAGGAAAAAAGCGCGAGGCGGAGACGCAGCCGAGGCAUCAAGAUUUCGAUUCUUGGCUGAGAGAAAGGCGUCGCUCGCCUUUACAGUAGCUGAAGAAAGCAUGCCGUUUCCAGCCCGAAAGAGCAGUAAUUAUAGGUUGUCAAACGCAUUGUGUAGCUGAUCACCUAGCUCCAAAAUUCAAACUCCAGUAUAAGUUCUCUAAAUCAAGAUGCCUUUCAAAAUAACACUAGAAUUAACAGAGAUGCAAAAUAUGAAGAUUCCUGAGGAUGACAAUGUUAGCAAUGAUUCUAAUGAUUUUACAGAAGUAGAAAAUGGACAAAUGAAUAGCAAGUUCAUCGCAGACCGUGAGAGCAGAAGAAGCCUAACUAACAGCCAUUUGGAAAAGAAGAAGUGUGAUGAAUAUAGUCCAGGCACAACAUCUUUGGGAAUGUCUGUCUUUAAUCUUAGUAAUGCUAUCAUGGGCAGUGGAAUAUUGGGUCUUGCCUUUGCUUUGGCCAACACAGGAAUUGUACUCUUUACGUUGCUUUUAAUUUCAGUGACACUGCUCUCCAUUUAUUCAAUAAAUCUCUUGUUAGCUUGUGCAAAGGAAACAGGCUGCAUGGUUUAUGAAAAACUCGGAGAACAAGUUUUUGGCACUCCAGGAAAGAUUAUUGUUUUUGGAUCUACAUCUCUUCAGAACACUGGAGCUAUGUUGAGCUACCUCUUUAUAGUUAAAAAUGAGCUGCCUGCUGCCAUAAAGUUCCUUAUGGGAGAAGGUGACACAUUUGUAGCCUGGUACGUGGAUGGGCGAGUUCUGGUCGUAGCUGUGACCUUUUUAAUAAUUCUUCCUCUAUGUCUUCUGAAAAAUUUGGGCUAUCUUGGCUAUACUAGUGGAUUUUCCCUGACAUGCAUGGUAUUUUUUCUCAUAGUGGUCAUAUACAAGAAAUUUCAGCUUUCUUGUCCUUUUCUGGACAGAAAUGCAACAGAUGCUACCUUUUCCAAUUUUAGUUUUGGUAUGGAGGCUUGUAGACCAAAGUAUGUUACGUUUAAUUCUAAGAGUGUGUAUGCUUUGCCUACCAUUGCAUUUGCAUUUGUGUGCCAUCCAUCAGUCCUUCCAAUCUACAGUGAACUUAAAGAUCAUUCCCAGAAAAGAAUGCAGAUGGUUACAAAAAUCUCUUUCUUUGCCAUGUUUGUCAUGUACUUUUUAACUGCUAUUUUUGGCUACUUGACAUUUUAUGAAUCUGUUCAAUCAGAUUUGCUUCAUAAAUACCAGAAUAAAGAUGACAUCCUUAUCUUAACUGUUCGUGUCGCCGUCAUUGUUGCAGUCAUCCUUACAGUCCCUGUGUUAUUUUUCACUGUUCGUUCAUCUAUAUUUGAGCUUGCUAGAAAAACCAAAUUUCAUUUAUGCCAACACAUUGUGGUUACAUUGAUCCUUUUGAUGAUCAUUAACCUGCUGGUUAUUUUUAUACCUUCCAUGAAGGAUAUUUUUGGAGUUGUAGGAACAACAUCUGCCAAUAUGUUGAUUUUUAUUCUUCCAUCUUCACUCUAUUUGAAAAUCACCCAUCAAGAUGGUUCAAAAAUGAUUCAGAGAAUUUGGGCUUCCCUCUUUUUGGCAUUAGGAGUUUUAUUUUCCAUGCAGCAGCAGCAACAAUCAAAAUCUAUGCAGUUGUGUUGCAGGAAAUGUUUAAUUUGUGUGUGUAUAUAUAUAUAUUGUAAAUAAAUAGGAUGCUUCUAUUUUUGCAGUUGUGUACUCUGUGAGAUGAAAGUGUUGAAGUAGAUAAAUAACAAGAACAAUGUGUCUAUAACCAAUUCUGAAAAGGAGCAGCAAUGGCCUAGCUUUCACCAAAAUACAUAUUCUCUCUCCAUCUCUCACUUUUAUCCUGUUCAGUUCUGACCACAGAUCUGAAGCUUACAAAAUUAAAUUGCAUACAGUAGCACAUUUCUAACAGAAUAACGCAACAGGCUGCUAUGAUUUAUUCCUUUGAGAUAUUUUUUUGUAUCAUCCAAAAGUAGAUUGGAAUCCUUUGGUAGUGCCGCUUCAUGUUCUUUGCUAUCCUUUCACCAUGUCCUCUCCCCUGUGUUAGACCCACAGAUUUUUUAAUUCCCAGCCAGAAGGGUCAAAAGCCUGGUAAAUCUGACUGGCUAUAAUAAAAUUGGUGUUGGUAGCAUCAAAAAUAUUAUUGUCCUUCGGACCAAAGAAGGAAGCACCAUCCUGAAAGAGCAUUGACAGGGCAUUUGAACAUAAGUUUCGUUUGGUCUGUUUUGGAGGAAUCGUAAGUAGAAUGCUGUAUCCUCAGAACAAAGAUUAGCCAUUCUUGUUCAACUAGUUGCUUUUUUAGAUAUAUAUCAUUUAUAUAUAUUGUAACAUUUUAAAAUCCAUGGAAUCUUCAUUUCAAUAUUUUAAUGAUGUUCUGUUCAAAUUCAUAUGUCACCAAUUCUUAUUUUAUGAGUAUAAAUGUGUAGGACUUGAUAUAAUAUUACUGUUAAAAAGGAGCACACAUUUUUUGCAGAAUAAAAAAGUGUCACUUUAAAGUAGUCUAUUAUUAAUUCUCUCUGGUGCUGCACUUAAUAAAUAAAUUAUGUAUGUAUGUAUGUAUGUAUGUAUGUAUGUAUGUAUUUUUUCCAGGAGAACUAAUUGUACAGUGUUAACACUAAAUCAGACUUCUGAAUUCCUAAACUAUGAUUUAAGAGUAAGAACAAUCAGUAAUAUUUUGUUUUUGUUUGGAGAGGGUUUUUUGGUUUGCUUUGCUCUGGCGUACAUUACAUCUUUGUCUGUAUUGUUCAUAUUUAAUGAUACUCAUGUAAAUAAAAUUGAGCGUAAA